UGUCUCCGCCCUCCUACACCUCUCCCUUGUUGCUACGGCAGCAGCACCAUCCCGCCAAGGCAAAGUGUUGUUUAGGGUUGGUAGUAAUGUGGCGUGGUGGGUGUGUGUACGUGUGUGUGAGUGUUUAUGUGGGACACUAGAGGCUGCAAUCUGGCACAAGUAAUCACCUCUUUUUUUUCUGACUCAAUCAUCCAUCCCACACCUUCCUUCCUUCCUUCCUCCACCCCUUUUCCUUCAUGUCAUCUUCACUUCACCCCUGUCUCGCCUGUCGCCGUCCCGUAUUCCAUCUUCCAUCUCACCUCUCAGUUAACGUUCAAGGUCCUUUCGCCCGUGAUUUAUUUUUGCUGCAGUGCUUCGGUCAUCUGCUCGCACUUCACGCUCGCGGGCAGCAAACAUGAUAUUACACAUUCAAAUGCACGCAGACUAUAUAGCCUACUACAUUUCUCUGCAUAGAGUCACUUUGUUUUUUCACCAUCUCGGCCCAGAACACCUGAGAGAAUAUUGAUCGACAAGUGAGGCAGUGCUCUCCUCCAUUUUUUUAACAACACCACAUGGAGGGGAUUUCUUCGCAGAUCAGAGCCCUGCAGGGAUGACGUAUUUUUGUAGGCCGGACCCGGACACGAGCCCCAAAAAAACAAAAAGCAAAAGGGGUUUUUCCAUUGAAUUCUUGAUGUAGAAAAUAAGAUCUGUGAUAAGCACGAGUUUCUUCUCCAACGAGGCAACCCUUUCAAAUGAAUACUACUGCUAUGAUUUUAGUUUAUGUGACCACGGGACUGCAAACAAACUGCACCACGAUCACGUGAGGGCGGGGACAAAAUAAGAGGCUCUAGAAAGGGAGGUAAAUCGCCGCUUUGAUAUUUCGUGGUCGCUAUUUUUUAUUAAUUAAGAUUAAAAGUUCACUGCAGCGGGAUUAACAGAAGCAUUUUAAAUCAAUCAAACAAAACCCACCACCUAUUGUUUCUAUUUGUAGAUUAUUCUUUUUUUGCUCUUUUUCAUAGAAUGUGAAAAAUGUGUAUUGUUAUAAGCAUGUAAUAUUCCCCCGUUCGAGGUUUGCCUUCUGUCUUGUUUCUCUUCCUUUUUUGCCAUGUCAGACUGACAGGAAAACAUUACUACCAAAAACGUCGGCAGUUUUGGGAUGCUGAUUUGAUUAGUUUUUGGAUACCGAUCAGCUACAUCUUGUUGGAACACUUUAUGAGUUGAGCACAAAGGUCUGUGGACAAAAUGAACACAGCAAUAUCCUGUAUGUACAUACACUCAAAAUGUCCACACCAUAAACCCAUUCAUUAUAAAUCUGAUAAUGGUACAGGUUUAUUUUUUAGUAUGCUGUUUAUUUGUCUGUCUCAUACAGCUUUGGAGUGUAGAGUUCCUAUUUUACAUUUUUACAUUUACUCAGUCAGUCUGUUUGUGUCCGCCUUUUCCUCGUCUCAUCUGCUGCUCUCUUUCCUCCGGUAACCAUGGCAAUGGGAUCAACAUGCAAAUACCUGAGCACGCACACUAAGGCUGUUUGAUGGGAGAUGCAAAUUGCGUCUCCGCUCGUUGGAUUACGCACCCACACACACACACACACACACACACACACACACACACACACACAGAGGCUUAGACUUAGACCAAUACACACACGCACAGAAAUGUUCGUUUGCGCACAACGCACACCCACCUGAACAUUAUACCAGACAUUAUCAAUAUAACAGGUGUGCCAGUUAACUUCAUGGGAAAAACAAGAUGAAAUAUAGUUCACUCAGCGCUUGAUUUAGAUCAAAAUGCUAACCUCGAUGCUGCUUUAGUUGAUGUUUAGCCAUGUGGGUUAUAAUGUAAUCCUAUAACGUUCCUACCAUGUUAGCGAACAGCAACCCCCUUCACAUCCAGUGGAAACACAGCGGCUUUCAUUAGCAGUUGAAUAUCUCGGCUAAUGAUUAAUGUGAGUCUUUUUUCACUAAUGUUACGCUUUGUUUUUGUCUAAAUAUCUGGCGCUUUUAGAAAGGUUCAGGCGGCAUGCAGUGGGUUUACGCUUAUUCAUUUUAUUAAAUUAUAUUAAUUUUAUUAUUAUGAUAUUAUGAAACAAAUUUUAGGAGAAUAAAAAACAAAGGGGCUAAAAAGCUCUACGGUGUUGCAGGAUUGUGUUUUAGCUCUCGGGGAUAUCAUGUUUUUACAAGCCCGCUCACAUAUCUCAUUCAUUUGUUUUAUUAACAUAUUUGAAUGCUUGUUUAGUUGCGUUAUUUGUCAUUUUUUCACUUUAACACGUUAAUGAGCUGGUUAACCCCAGUGUACGCCCAGUGGAAUCUCACCCCCGUCCCCCCAUCGCCCCUCGUUUCAUUGAUGUCGAUUUUGUUUUAUGAAUGAACGGCGGAGGAGGCGAAAGGGGGACGGGGGAUCUGGACGCUUCGCUAUUGGCUGCUUACCGGUUGACGUCACCUCCGCCGUGACGCGGUGUAUCCAUUCACAAAAAAAGAAGCAGAAGAAGAAGAAGAAGAGAAACAAUCCUGAGGAGAACCACUCGGAUAGAGAGAAGCGAGAAGGAAAGAGGUGACCGGACUGAGAGCAGUGCGAUUCUCGAUGCGCGUUUAGACAAAGCGCAACAACAACAACAACAACAACAAAAAAGGCAAACCAGCGCCGCGAGACGACGUUUGGAGCGCGCGCGCGCGGUGGGGGCCCACAGACACACGCAGAGAGGCGACAGUGAAGCCAACACACGCAGCCUUAAAACACCAAGUGCAAUGGAGGACCUGGGCGAGAUGGACUGCCCGGUGGUGAAGCGCUUCCUGAAGGACGACGGCGCCAAGUGCCUGCUGCUGGACUGCCGCUCCUUCCUCGCCUUCAACGCGGGGCACAUCCGCGGCGCGGUGAACGCGCGCUGCAACACCAUCGUGCGCCGCAGGGCCAAGGGCUCCGUGCUCAGCCUGGACCAGAUCCUGGCCGGGGACGAGGAGGUGCGCGGCCGCCUGCGGGCCGGGAUGUACUCCGCCGUGGUGCUGUACGACGAGAGGACGCCGGACUCGGACACGGUGAAGGAGGACAGCACGCUGACCCUGGUGCUCAACGCCGUGUGCGGGGACUCCUCCGGCACGCAGAUAUACCUGCUCAAAGGUGGAUACGACAGGUUUUUCUCAGAAUACCCAGAGUUUUGUAUGAAGACCAAAUCCUUACCGAGCCUCAGCAGCCAGUCCAGCGUGGACUCCUCCUGCUCGUCUUGCGGGACGCCACACCACGACCAGGGCGGCCCAGUAGAGAUUCUCCCGUUCCUCUACCUUGGCAGCGCCCUCCACGCCUCAAAGAAGGAGGUCUUGGACGACAUGGGAAUCUCCGCCUUGCUGAACGUGUCCGCCGACUGUCCCAACCACUUCGAGGGGGCGUACCAGUACAAGUGCAUUCCUGUAGAGGACAACCACAAAGAAGACAUCAGCUGCUGGUUCCUGGAGGCCAUUGAGUUCAUAGAUUCCGUACGGGACUCCAGCGGGCGGGUGCUGGUCCACUGUCAAGCAGGCAUCUCCCGCUCGGCCACCAUCUGCCUGGCCUACCUGAUGAAGAGGAAGCGGGUGCGUCUGGACGAGGCCUUCGAGUUCGUGCGCCGCCGCCGCAGCAUCAUCUCCCCCAACUUCAGCUUCAUGGGCCAGCUGCUGCAGUUCGAGUCCCAGCUCCUCGCCACCACCUCCUGCGCCGCCGAGGCGGCCGCCACAGCCAGCCCGCUGCUCGGGCCCAAGUCCUCGACGGCCGCCGCCGUGACGGCGGCCACGCCCACCUCGCCGUUCAUUUUCAACUUCCCGGUCUCCGUGGUGAGCUCCGCCUACCUGCACCACAGCCCGAUCACGACGUCCCCCGGCUGCUGAGGGACGGCCGGCCGCAGCGUUUCCACCCAAUUAACUAACUAUGAACAGACCGGGCCGCCAUUGGCUGCAGGAGCCGUCAAUCGUACUUCCCGCCGCAGUGUGUACACGCUUCCGGGGGGGCGGGGAUCAGAAGCGUCGCGGUGCCUGAUUAGAAACUCAAGAAACCGGUUUCUAGUGUGCAGAAAACGAGCCCGAGCUCCUUCCGUUUUAACACAAGAAUCCUCCAGACUGACCAAAAAUGAGCUUUCAAGGACCCGUCCGGGCCGAGUGUUUGUCUCUGAAUAACACAAACAGCAACAUGCACGGCAGCAGACACUUUCUCUCUGCCUCGCUCACACACACACACACACACACAUUCGUGACUACUGAGUGAAUAAGCUCAGUAUGAAGACAGGGCCUGUUGCUAUGGAGACAACCGGUCUUUAGGAGAGGAGAUGGACACAGGAAGGAAGGAGGAAUUUUAAGCACCGGCUCUUUUCCCCCUUCGGGUGUCCCUCCUGCUGCCGGACGAAAGGGAUGGAUGGAAAAAAGAAGGGGAGGAGACGGUGAUAGAAAGCAGGAGCCUCUUCCGUGACAGGUGCUCUGACCGGAGCUUCCUGUCUUUCAUACGUCCUCUUCCUCUCUCUGCCCCCCCCCCCCACACACACACACCUUCCUGUCCUCUCAUCUCCUUUUCAUCCCUUUAUACUCCUCCUCCUCCUCUCGUCUCUGCCUCUCAUCUUCACCCCUCCUGCUCCCUCUCCUCUGCUCCUCAUCUCCUCACUGAAGAGUAAAUGACUACAGGCCCCUGAUACACGCUGUAGGAAACCCCUCACGCUAGCUACACAUUUUGAUAACAUUUAGUUUUUGCUGAAAGGUUGAUGAUGAUUUUCGGGGGGCACACAGGCUCUGGAAGGAGGCCACUGAGGUCAACGCCCUGGUGGCUUUGAAUGUUUGCAUUCAUUAUAAUUAUUUUAUCUUGGCUUUUCACCAUUUUCUAAAAACUGCUUAAUUUUUUAAAGACAGUGGUUUCGAGUUCUUUUCCGCAUGUUGUUUUUUAUUCACUCAGCAACUGAAAACCAUGAGGAAUAUUUAUUUUGUCAAUGGUUUAAAAUGCGCUUCGCUAUCUUUUGGACGUGUCUGUGCCUUGUUCAUAAAGGUAUCCCAUGGAUUUAGAGCACAGACUCCUAUUCCCUAAUGUCGACAGGGCCGGCGGCUCUCUCUUCAUCUCGUCCACUGCAAGAUGGACACCAACACGCAAGAACAACUAAUAUAAUGUCUCUGGAAAAAAAUCAAUAUUAAGCAAUACAGUGACUGUGAUCUUUGAAAUAUCAAUAGUUCACGCAGGCAAAACUCAAAAUAGUAAGUAAAAUUAGACAAAAUUAGACAAAAAAAUGCAUUUAUGAAGUAUGCCUUCAUAUGCAAUGUAGGAAAAUUGAGAAAUGUUAUAGGCAAUAUUUAUUUUCGAUAUAUUGUGGCUGGAUUUUGAAGACAGGAAAUUGAAACAUCUGUUUUACACUCUGCUUUUAAAACAUCAGGGACCCUCUGUGCUGUUCCUUUUGGGGGAAAUCCAGGUUAAGAUGUGUUAAGAAAACACAAUCACUUCAUUCAUUUCAUCAAUCUUUUAUUCCAAACUGUAAAAACAAGCGACUCUGGGACUAAACGAUUUGGCUUUCAGACCACAAUCCAAUAACAGGUAUUCAUCCUCAUAAUCCAGUCAUUCUUUGGUUUUGAAGUCUGUCCACAGCUCUUUUUGUGGCACUUUGAGGUCUUGCAAUACUGCACUUAAAAUCCACUCACGGACAACAACGAUAGCGCUCGUAAUGCACAAAUGUCAUGUCAUUUUUUUUAUGUCACAAUCUGAGACAGUGUUUGUAUUGCUCGUGCUUUUGACCAGGCGGAGCUUCACACUCUGUGCUAGACAUCCAAAGGCACAAAUUUCAACCACGGUUGCUUUUAUACCCGAGUCUCGCUCGACAGAAACACACACACACACACGCAGGAAAAAUAACAAACCUUUUUUCUGUUUUUGAAGAUUGUCGGCACCUAUCUUUGUAGCACUUUGAAGUGAUGCAAUACUGUAUUUAUAAUUUAUGAUUGAUUUGCACAUCAUGGUGAUGGUAGAUUGACUAGACUUUGCAUAAGGACAUUUUGUCCAUCUAAAGAGAGAGAAGAGAGGCAAUCAGUGAAAAACGCAAUACUUUGUACCCAUCUCUGUGGUAAUUGUCUGUCUGUCUGCCUCUCUUGGUCCAUCUGUCUAGACUGUCUCUCCGUAUGGUCAACGCUGUUUACCCAUCAUGGCAAUAUCAGUCCUUGACUCGGAAAUUUAUAUAAAAAAAGACCACUUUCCCUCAAUUUUAUUGUGGAAUGAAUCUGUGCGUUUAUUUAUUACUGGAGAUCCAUUGUUGAAUAAAAAAAUGUUCUUAAUUAA